CUUUUUUUUUUUUAUUUUUUUAUUUUUUUAUUUUUUACUUCUUGUAUCGUCAGACUCGAGCAGGAUCAGGAAGAAGGAAAACACACAUAUCAAAGCAAUUGCUAAUCAUAAGAAGAGGACGGGAGACAAUUAUACAAUUACAUCUCCAGUGAUGACCAAAGCAGCAAAACCACUCAAGCCUAGUAAGGCUGCAAAACAACAGCGCAGACAAGCAGUCAACUCCAAUCCAUUUGCAGGGUCCUCUCUAUUCGAAAAAUCAGAACAAUAUAUCAAGGAUGCUCCUGACGGCAAACCAUUCGAGGACAUGGCCUAUUUCAUCCUCGCCUUCCUCUUGUUUUUCAUCUGGAGAUUAGCUGUCGCUGUUCAGAGUGGUCAUCAAGGAGCUAUUGGAGUCUGGAGCUUGUUCACAUUCGGAACGAUUACAGUGAUCAACAUCUGGACUUUCUUCUUGGUGAUGGUCUCUGCAAGGAGUCGAGGGGAUAUUGGUAUCCUUAAGAUUCACGAUGGCGAUCUCUGGCGCUUCACGGCUCUCUCUGGAGUUAUUGGUGCCUGGGCUGGAAUUCUUUUAUUCAAGUACAAGGGUGAAGAAAAAUCGUUCAUUUUAAAAGUUCUUGCUGCCACCGCUAUUAACGCCUUAUGGGCAGCAAUUUACAUACGCUACUACUUGGGUUGAAGAAAAGAACCUUUGCAUCAAAGUAUCAUUAUCCGCAUUUUCAUGGCAGUAUCAGUACUUAAUAUGUAAUGGCUAUUUUUUUCUUUCCUUUAUAUAUAUAUAUAUAUUUAAUAUCCGGACAGGGUUCUAUGUUUGAUAAAAGAAACAAUGAAG